CACCAUUCUCCCUGACGCGGACUUUUUGUCGGUCUCGCAUGAUCUUCAUUCUUCCUUGAGUGCUUUGGAUAUGCCUCGCAAUGGAUUUGCUGCUGGAUCAGCAUCCCCUCUUGCGCACCCGAGCGAAGUGACCGGCACAAUGUCUCGUCUUUAUCAGCGAUCGUACCCCGUGCUUGACACUUUCGCGCUGGCGUGUAUCGUUGGAUUCUGGAUAUUGAUACAAUUAUUCGUGACCCCCUUCCACCGCAUGUUCCACUUAGACAACAAAGCAAUACAAUUUCCCUUCGCCGUCGUCGAGAGAGUCCCCGUUGUUUGGUCGAUUGUAUAUGCUGGAGUCAUCCCGUUCCUGAUUCUUCUUGUCUGGGCUGCGACGUUCCGACCGUCCCCUCAUAAAGUUCAAGUGACCUUGCUGGGCUUUUUGAUCGCCGUGAUGUUGACCUCGCUUAUCACCGAUAUCAUAAAGAACUCCGUUGGUAGACCGCGGCCGGAUUUGAUCUCACGUUGUCUUCCCAGGAAGGGAACACCGGCAGACUCAUUGGUCGCAUGGACUGUGUGCACGCAGUCAAGUGAACAUAUCCUGCAAGAAGGAUGGAGAAGCUUUCCUAGCGGACACAGCAGUUUCUCUUUCGCUGGUUUGGGCUAUUUAACACUAUUCUUGUGCGGCCAAAUGCACAUUUUCCGACCCAGAACCGACCUAUUUCGCUGCCUCGUCGCAUUUGUGCCCCUGUUAUGCGCUUUAAUGAUUGCGAUCUCUCGCUUGGAUGACUACCGUCAUGAUGUCUAUGAUGUUACGUGCGGUUCCAUUCUUGGUUUCUUGGUAGCCAGGUUCUCGUAUCGCCGCUACUUUCCACCUUUGCGGUCAGUAACAUGCGACGAGCCUUACGGAAGGGAUGAGAUCUCAGGCUCUGACGGCUUCACGAAACUCGCCGAUGAUGAAGAACAACAAAUCUUCGGUCGUGGGUCGACUUCGCGCCAAUGGGCUGCUAGACAGGAAUCCUACGCACUUGGUGAAACCACAACGUCUGGUGGUCGGUAGGUAUACCUUUCCACAUUUAGUUCUCAAAUUUCCUGUGAUACCCUAGAGCCAUGUAGGAGAGGUAUUUGGUGUUUCAUAUAUUCGCUAAUCGCUUAUGGUAUCUACUCCUGAUUUUGCGCAUCGCAUGUACGGAUAACAAAUUUUGAAAUUAUACCUCUUGGAUUUGUCUUUUUUCUGACUCAUAUGGCUACAACUUGGAAAUAUCUCUGUAUUUCACAUGGGUCCAUUCCUUGACAUCAUGAAAGUCCAUGACUUUGUUGGGCCCUCCGAAUCUUCCCAGAGUGUCACUCCAAUUUCUGUUGGAGGCAAUCUCUGGACUCCACCUGAUUAGGUCGUGAAUAUUCGGAGGAACCUUACCCU